AUUUCCGGUCUUGCAAAUUAGCCGCACGGAGAUUCUUCCAAAAUGUUUAUCUUUCAGCAUAUAGCACUGUGUCCUGUCUUGCUGCAAUAUCUUUGGUUUUGGUGUUGCGUGAUCAUAACCUGUUGCCAUCUCGUUGUUUUGAAGAAAUUUGUAUGUUACAUCUUCCAGAUUUGUAGAAGUGCAGCUAUGGACCAGAAGCCACCCGUGUGGAUGAAAAAAGAGGAAACAGAUGAAGUACCAGCUGAGCCAGUCUCCAUGUUUCCUGAAGACCCAGUAAUAAUUGAAGAGCCUGGUGUUGGAGAAAAGCAAGAUCCAGAACUGAAACAUGUGGAUGGCUCUGAUUUUAAUGUGGCAACCUCAACAAGGUAUGCAUCAAACAGUGCAAGAUUGAAGCAAAUUACUGGUGGGAGCUGUGGCAUUUCGUUUGAAGAAACUGUUCACCAUGGACUGGUCAAGAAUGAGCUGGAGAGAGACAGAGAGAAGUCAACAUACGAGUGUGGUACUCAUACACAAGAAUUAACUAUGAAUGAGGAUAGCUCGCUUAGCACCAGAUUUGAAUGUAGUAUGAGGGAACAGGAAUUCAAUGUAUUUAUUUGUGAUGUCUGCCUACUGUGCUUUACUUCAAAAUACAGACUCAGAAAGCAUGUGGUCAUGCACAUUGAUGGCAUGCAACCUCCUACGUAUGUUUGUAAAUCCUGUGGUGAGGUAUUUCACAGUAAUAUUAGCUUGAAAAAACAUUUGAGAAUGGGUGAGAAUUGUCGAGUCCUAACAGCUGGCAAUCAUGAGAAAUAUGGCUGUAGUGAAGAACACGAGAACAGUGGCCUCUCAGACAGUGAGCCAGUAGGUUCUCUCACAGAACACACUGAGCAAUCUUCAGAUAAGGAAUCUUCAAAAGCUUCAAAAAAGUCCUUCAAAGACACACGUAAACCACGUAUGACACAGAAGCUGAGUGGUUGUGGAACUUUAUCCACAGCUGGUGUCCAUGGUAUUAGACUUACCACAAAGAGACCCCACAAAUGUAAUAUUUGUGGCAAAUUGUUUGCUGUGCGAAGUAAUCUCAAGAGACACACAUUAAUUCACACUGGACUGAAACCUUACAAUUGUGAUAUUUGUGGCAAAUCGUUCGCUGAGUUAGGUACUCUGAAGAGACAUGAAUUAAUACACACUGGACUGAAACCUUACAAAUGUGAUAUUUGUGGCAAAUCUUUUGCUAGAUCAUGUUCUCUUAAGCAACAUUCAUUCAAACACACUGGUGAUAGGCCUCACGAAUGUGACAUUUGUGGCAAAUGUUUUGCUCUGACUGGUGAUCUCAAGAGACAUGCGUUCUUACACACUGGGCUGAGACCUCACGAAUGUGGUAUUUGUGGCAAAUCUUUUGCUAUGUCAUGUGACCUCAAGAAACAUGCCUUCUUACACACUGGGGAGAGACCUCAUGAAUGUGAUAUUUGUGGCAAAUCAUUUGCUAGGUCAGUUGAUCUAAAAGCACACGCAUUGUUACACACUGGAAAUAAAUCGCACACAUGUGAUAUUUGUGGCAAAUCUUUUUCAAGGCCAGGUUAUCUCCAGAGACAUGCAUUAACUCACACUGGAAAGAAAUCUCAUGGGUGAGAUAUUUGAGGCAAAUCUUUUGCUGUGCUGUGUACUCUCUGGUGUCAUCCAUUACUUCACAUCAGAAAAAAGUCACAAAAAGUGUUGCUUCAAGCUAAUAGGUUUCUCUGGUUGGUGCCCUUAAGGCUUAUAGAAUAAAGGAUAUGACAGAGAGACAUUAAUUAUGUAAUGCCUGUGAAAUAACAUUAAAUGUGCUAGGACUGAAAAAAUGUGCAAUAAUGUGUACGAUAGAGGGGUCACAGAUAGUGUGAAAAUAUAAAAAUCCGUAACAUGAAAUGUCAUGAAACUGUAGUACUAAACUGUAUACUAAGGUGAAUCAAAUGUGUUUUUGUGAUUUAUGCUGCUAUUUUUCCUAUUGGAUAAAUCUUUAAACUAUGUCAGUAAUUGUAAGUACCACAACACAGGCAAGCCCCUGACCAUGUUCUGUGAUGUUUUGAGCCCCAGCAACUUUCCGCAGAUGUUCACAGUGGUAGCAUACAACUGCCCAACCAGCUUCACUUUUGAGAUGCUAGUUCCCAGCUGUCAGACCAGAACAAUUUGUUCUUUCUUACAGUCACGUCAAUAAAUUUACAUGUUUGCAACUCACAUCAUUGCUAGAAUAAUUCCUUGUUGAUCUUUGUUCUGCUUAUAUACUCAUACUCUCCUUACUGCAUCAUGUGCCUGCAACAUGAGGCAUUCAGUCUCCUGGUGGACAGUGUUAAUAAACCUUGUGAAUGUCAAUGCAUAGUCACACAAAUGAGUGAGUUUGUAAAGUGUGCAGUCUAACAAGUUCAUGGUUGGUUGCCCACACACCAAUGCACAAUAGCUAUAUUUUGUGAAAUUCCUAAUCUCUGAUCAUGAAUCAGAUAUAAGGUAGAUAAGUGUUAUGCACCAAAGUUCUUAAUUAUUUAUUUUGCAUUUAGCACUACAGAAAAUGUAAUAGGUAAACAUUUAAUGAUAUAGUUUGAUUCCAGGUGUUGGUAUACACAAGAACAACACUCGGGAGAGCUCAGAAUGUGAUUACUGGUUACUGAAUUUGACCCAGUUGAAUAAUAUUUAUUGUACUUAAUAAAUACAUCAAAUGAGCAUUCUUAUUUAUUGUUUCUUGUGUUAUUUUAAGAUUUUUCAUUUUGGAUAUUUUUCUUACUUUCUGUAAAUAAACAUGAUGUUUUUUGGAGUUCUGUAAAUAAGCUUUGUUUUUAAGAUCAGAAUGAUUUUUAUUUUUUAUAUUCUAAGUAUUUGUUAUUAGUGUAAUUGGUUUGGUAUGUCUCAUCAUACCUGUAACGACUUAAGAUAACUAUCAUUAAGUGAUUGACAUUGUUCAGUUUUGCUAGACAUGAACAAUAACACUUUUUAGUUGUGUGAUUACAUUUCAUCCCAUCUUUCUCAUUAUAGGACAACUUCAACUGCUGUAUAAAUUAUUCAUAACUGGUUACAUCAACAUACACUUGUAUUAAAUUUUAUUUUUCAGUAAAAGGAAAGCACAACCAGGUUUAAGGGGAGUUGGAUCAUCCCAUACCGACAAUGUUAAAUUUGUUGACUUGGCUUCCCUGUAUUUCACAAACCAUUGACAUGAAGCUUUUGAAGGACAUUAAACUGUAUGUUCUGAGUCUACUGAACUGCAAUAAUUGCACUUCAGGCACUGCUUUCGGAAAGGCAAUUAUUUUAUUACGUGGUUGACAUUUUGUGUAUUUUUUGUACAUUAUUGGAAAUAAUUUUAAUGUACAUAGGAUUAUGUUCUUCUUUUAGUUUAGUUGACUGUGGUUAUGUAUGUUAUUACUUCCUAAAAAUUCGAAUACUCGACUCAAAGUGGUUUAUGAGAUUUAGGGAAAAUGUAAAUUUUCAGGAACCUCUUCUUAAGUUUCAAAAGACUCCAACUCACUUAGCAUAUGCUCAGUUUUUUAUUUUUAGUCAGAGGCAUCCUGCACCAUAUUGUAUAUCAUCCUCUUGACCUUUUUCAAAGUUUUUUCUUCUUUCUGGACCUCUUUUUCCAUUCUAACUCCCAUUAAGGACAACAGUCCUCUGCAUCUGUAACUGAAAAUACACUACUUAAUGUGGCGACUAUACAUUAUGAAUCCACGCUUCAGUCCAGAACCCUGCAACUGCUAUGGUCCCAGGUUCGAAUCCUGCCUUGUUCAUGGAUGUGUGUGAUGUCCUUAGACUAGUUAGGUUUAAGUAGUUCUAAGUUGUAGUGGACUGAUGACCUCAGAUGUUAAGUCCCUUAGUGCUCAGAGCCAUUUUUGAAGAAAUUGAUCCAUGGGAACAAUACAUACUCAUAAAUACAUGAAUGUAACUGCUCCUAAUAUAAACAUAAAUUAAAUAAAUCACAACUGAUGAACAAAUCAUUGUAUAAGAACUGUCCAAUGGCAAGAGAGUUGUGCGGCAUGGGAUCCAGAAGUGCACGAGAAUCAAGCGUAUUGUUGAAUAGAGAACGAAGUAUUGUGCUUCAAGACAACUGACUUGUCUUUACAUCCAUAAUCUAACGCUCUGCGGCCACUAACACACUUAGAGAUAUG